UGUGAUCAUACUUUGAGGUCAUGUCAAUAGUUAAUACGAGUUCAGUCGCGGGAUUGUAGCGACACGUAAACUCUCGUACAUUGCGUACGCCGCGUGGCAGCGUGUUUCAAUUCGUUACUCUCUUAGAUUCGACUUGAGAUCUGCGUUAUAUCGGCUACAAAAAUCCGUGGCGCGUCAGUGUUAUCGGGAUAUCAACAACGUAAAAAGAUAUAAAGAGCAAUUGCUACCUGAAAAGAGAUAGUGUCGCGCUAGACUCUACAAAAACUUGAGGUGUAAUCUAAAUUGUGAACUCGAAGAAAUAUAACACAAUGAGAUUGUGGUUACUGUUGACUGCGCUUUUAUUAAUCACGAUACUUGUGUCGGAGACUUUCGCAGAAAAAUCGAACGAUGUGAAAUCCGCGGACAGCGAUAACAUGACGGAAAAGAAAACCGAUGUGGAACAUCAUUCAAGAGAUGAAAAUACACUGGAAAAAAAACUCAAAAACAGAAAAAGAAAAAGCACAACGAACCACGACAACGAGAGACCGGCCGAAAAGUAUUCGAAAUUAAAAAAUUUGUAUAAAUCGAAAGAGAAGUCAAAGAAUAAACAAAAUAAACAAAAAGAGGACGGUGAAGUAAUAAUUAAAGACAAAAAUAGAAGUAUCAAACGAGAAUAUGACGCCUUCCGAGACACUGAGAUUCGCCAAAAACCAAAAAAGAACCAAAAAGAAGAAAACAAGAAGAAGUUGAAAAACAUUAAGGGAGUAGAAAACAUUGAGAAACGAGAAAGAAAAACGAAGGAAAAGAGUUCAUCAUCGAAAAAUUCUGUAAACGGCCGAGAUAUUAUCGAUAAGAAAACAAACGAUAAGAAUUUCAAGAAGAAAUCGGAAAAUAUUGAAAAAAUAGAAAACGAGAAACAAGAAAUUAGAAAGGAGCCGAGAUUAACUCGUUCCAUAACGAAAGAUUCGAAUAAAACGACUAAUACGAAAAAAGAAGAAAAGAAAAUGAUGACAUUAGCAGAUCUUGAGGAAGAAAUGAAUACAAAGGAGUGGGAAAUUUUUGAUCCGGCAGAUGAUCCACCGAAAAUCAGGCAAAAAAGAAUAAAGCGUUCGAAAGAUUCUGAAAACGAUCAAAAUAAUGUCGAUGAGAAAACUAAGAAUUCAAAUUCGAUAAGAAAGAUAAAAGAGAAAGAAAAAGAAGAGUCUAAGAAUACAAAAGCUGAAGAAGUCGAAUUAUCAAAAGAGGAAGAAGUCGAAGAGAAGAAUCAGAAAGAACCGCAAGAACAUAUCACUAAUCUGAUCGAGGAAGAAACGCCUGUGAAGUUGAAAGAAAUUGAGGACGAGGACGAGGUCGCUAAAGAAGAUGAGAGUAGCGAAGAAAAUUGCUCAGCGGUAUCAGAUGAAGAAUUAAAAGAUUGAUAAGUUCAACACCUCUUGAUAUUAAGAUCUCAAACAACAUAAAAAAAAGAUGUUCAUAAAUAUUUUUUGUUUGUUAGAUUAAAUUUAUUUAUUUUUUUUUUAUCUACAUUAAUCUGUUUUAAACAACUUCAAGAAUGUGUAGUUA